AUGGCUGAAAAAGCAGAGUCUACAUCAUCCCGCCUUCUGGUCCCUAUUCUUCUCUUGAUUGGCUGGAUUGUGGGCUGUAUCGUAAUGGUUUAUGUUGUCUUCUCUUAGAAAGACAAGAAGACUUCAGAGUGACAUCAUUUAGAAGAAUUAAG